AUGGGCCCUGUGGGCGAUAUAAGAAAGUUUGUCAGAGCUGUGCUAGAUCUCGUCAAGGCAGAUGAUGAAAAGGUUGACCCCAACGACGAAGACAGGGUUAGGAUUCAUCAUAUGGAUCAAUGGUUCACAGCUCAACUUUACGUGCGCCAAGAAUAUCAUCGUGCUCUUGAUAUGAAUGGCGGAGAGUAUCCCGCUGAUUUGAGUAACCUUACCUCACUACCAAGACCCAGAGAUGGGCCUGAAGACAAUACCGAGUUUCAUGUCUUUGUGGACUUUGAUUCAUCAUUUACUCAGACUCAGUGUCGGAAUGAACUUGAGAUCCAGUUCCUCAAAUACAAGAAUCAUGAUCUUACCGCAGCUAUCGACCGAGAUUUUCUACAACAAGAUUCUGCCUUUCGACCAUACAACAUUCAAAUGCCCUCAAAUGUUUACCAGGCUUUCGGUAGAGCAUGGGACCGGUUAUCCGCCGUCCCAGAAUUGCAAAUAGCAUUACCACAGAGGCAGUGGAUUCAGCGAACUUACCUGGCGACAAAUAUCGCUUCAGAGAGUAUCUACGCAUUCUACCACAACACAUGCGAUAAACGAUUCUAUCUCGAACGUUACAAGCACUUCUGGUUCUAUCCAUAUAUAACCACGCUGCUUGAGCAAGCCAGGGCCCAUAUACAACAAGGGAAGCCUAUUCAUCCAGGGGUUAUAGAUGGACGCAGCUGGGUGGCUGCUAAGGCUUAUCCAGCGGAUGGUUCUUCUGGAGUGGAAAAGGAUACCCUUGGAGGGGUAUACACCGACUUGAAAGAAGAACCCUUUAUUGAUUUGAGUGAACUGUACAAGGGCUCAGUUAAACAAAAUAGCGCAUCGUUUAGAUAG